AUGACUCGUCUGCACCCUGUAAUGCUGGCCGGAACAGCGAGUGAUGUUGGGAAAAGUGUAUUAGCGACAGCACUAUGUCGUAUAUUUAAGCAAGACGGCUAUCAUCCAGCCCCAUUCAAAGCGCAGAAUAUGGCCCUGAACUCAUUCGUUACGCCCGAUGGCCUCGAAAUCGGUCGCUCGCAAGCCGUGCAAGCCGAAGCUGCAUGUGUACAAUGCGAAACUGACAUGAAUCCGAUUCUUCUGAAGCCAACAACCGACUGCACAUCUCAGGUCGUCUUGAAUGGUCGUCCCAUUGGGAAUAGUACGGCAUCGACAUAUUUUUGUAAGGAUCGAAUUGAUGAGUUACGAACACAGGUAAUUACUUUUAACGCUAUGCUUUAUCUUAUCUUUUUAAUUUUCUUUCAGGUAUGUGCAGCCUUCGAUCGCUUAACGCACAAGUACAACCCGAUCGUGAUGGAGGGUGCAGGAAGUGUGUCUGAAUUGAAUCUGCAAGAUCGAGACUUGGUGAAUAUGCCGAUGGCACGUCACGCGCAAGCAGACGUCUUUCUGGUCGCAGAUAUCAACCUCGGUGGUGUUUUCGCAUCUCUCUACGGCUCUAUCGCUCUGCAGCAACCUAUAGAUCGUCGUCUCAUCAAGGGAAUAAUUGUCAAUAAAUUUCGAGGUGAUAUUCGAUUGUUUGAUUCGGGAGUUAAAAUGCUCGAAGAGAUAUGUGGUGUACCUGUGUUGGGUGUUAUCCCAUUCUAUCGAGAUAUUUACAUUGAAGAAGAGGAUUGUGUGCAACUGCAAACACGUCAUCGUAACGCUCUCUCGAGUCAAAACAAGAUCAAUGUUGCAGUUAUACUGAUGCGACAUUUAUCCAAUUUCACCGAUUUCGAUAGCUUAGAACGUGACCCACGAGUGCACCUCUUCUACACGAAUAAUGUAAGUGAAAUCCAGAAGGCACAUAUCAUCUUACUACCUGGCACUAAAAAUACCAUCGAUGAUCUGCGAGAAAUACGUGCGAAUGGUGUAGCGAAGGCAAUAGUAUCAGCAUAUCGUGACGGCAAUGCAACCGUUCUGGGUAUUUGUGGAGGUUAUCAGUUGAUGGGUAAAGAGGUGCGAGAUCCGAAUGCAGUCGAAAGCGAUAUUCGUUGUUUACCAGGUCUCUCUCUGCUACCAGUCACUACAACGAUGAACAAUAUUAAAACAACGUGUCAGACGAAAUUUAAGGUGUUCGGAAGUGAUCAGCUGUGUAGCGGUUAUGAAAUACAUAACGGCAUUACUGAGAUGUUGGGUGAAGUUACACCGUUGAAUAUUUUAGAUGAUGGCACUGAGGAGGGUUGUUACGUGGCAGAGGGGCGUUGCAUGGGCACUUAUAUUCAUGGCAUUCUUGAUAAUGCACCAUUUAUCGAUCUCCUUUUAAAAGGUCACCUCGGCGAAUUGAGUAAAAAGACCGAGUUUGAUUAUGCACAGUUCAAAGAGGAACAAUAUGAUAAACUAGCAGCACACCUGAGGGAACAUCUCAAUGUAGAUUUGAUGUAUCAAAUACUUAAGGGGAGUUGUUGUGAUGGUAUAGUGCAAACAACUGAUUAG